CACAAUACCUGGAUAUAAAGUAAUUGUUCCAUGGCGACCAUGUAUGGGCAACUAACUUCGUUGAGCUGGAAGAAUUAAAAAUAGCAGCUCUUUCGCUCACGGGAAGCUGGAGACUCGAGUGACUGUAAGGCGGAAGUUGGGAUCAGCUGAUGGAGGAGGGUCGGCUGAAGCCUGUUACUGAGUCCAAGAGAGCCAUCUUUCCGACCGGAGAAAGAGUGGGGGGAGAGACGGGAGAAAUUGGGGGAUCCCGGCCGAACAGGCGGCCCAAAAGCGUUGCAUAGGGACGGUAGGAACACCGAUGACCAUCGGGGAAAGAAACAGGGCUUCUUACUGCAUCCGGAACGAAGACAGAACGGGAACCGGGUCGGGUGAUCGAGCGAGCGAAAGACAAGCUUUAAAAAAUAGCCAGCCAGCCAGCUAGCUACCUAGCUACAAAGGAAGAGAGAGAGAGAAAUACGAGUGAGUGAACAGAAAAGGGGUAAAUUUGGAGCAAAACUAAUCAUCGAUAAAAUUACCGUCGAUAAUUUAAUUCGGUCUGCUAAUUUCUAGAGAUAAUGUGCAAUUGUGCCAAGAUGUCAAUAUAAACAACACCAAUCCUUUUCGGAGCAACUAUCUUGCUGUGGCACCGAGACUAGGAUUAGCACUAAAGGAUUCCUAUCCGAGGUUAUCGGAGCAUGUAAUGCAGCGCUAGCUAUAACUAUACGUUUUAGACGUUAUUUUGAAGUGCAACACUGAGGAACGUUGACAAUGACAGUCGAGAACUGAACAGGCAGGAAUCUAGCUAGCUCGCCAGUUAGCUAGCUUUAGCUAACGAGCUACAUUUUGAGGUUGAUUGCAGGAGUGGGAAUCUGUGUUGUGUUUUGAUCACUAAUCGCGCCGGUUGAAGGGAAAAGCGAACCUAAAAGGGAAAAGUAAGGGCUGUGUGUUCUCAAAGGAUUGGAUCUCCGGCUAGCUAGCCAGCUAAGUGUCUCUGGAACACCGUGUCUUAUUUGCCCCCCUCCCUCACACGAAGAGUCCACUGGGAGUCUGAGUGCACAGCUGAUCGGCCGAGGAGGGGAGGGGGAUUCGCAAUGGGAAAACAUCACUUUGUCUCAACUUUAUCGCUACUAGCUAUCUUAAGUUAGUUUAGCAAGCAAUCGUCUACGACUCGCAGCUAACUAGUUACAUGUAAUGUAGAGGCCUCUUUUCCAGUUCAGUUGAUGCCAGUUUGGGGGGGAAAACCCACCGUUUAUCAAUAAAGAAGGACUGUUCCGAGUGUUCCCAACAACAACCACGAUGAAUGCAAAAUAAGUGGGGGUCGAGUUGCAGCGACAGCGAAAAAAACACAAGAUCCGAAAAGAAGGGAGAACUCUUUGCUAGCUCGUAACGUCAGCGGGCUUGGAUCAUAUUGCACAAGGAUUGGAUACAGAUUCUAAGAUAGCAAUAUCACCCUGACUUGCAAGGGAGUUUAAAGAGAUAACGUUAGGAAGUUACUUUUUAUUCUUUUUUCCCAAGUCCGCGGCACAUCCAAGCUGAAGUCCACGUCGAGUAAAGGGACUCAUAAUUUUCUUUUGUCCAGAAAUGUAAAAUGUCAGGUUAUAUAGGGUAGUGGUCUUUACGACACGUUUAUGUUUUAUCAUAUUUAAAAUCCCCCCACAGCUGUUGGUUGUGCUUUCAGGUUUAGUACGCACAAUAAUUGCGGAAUUUUGUUUAGGUUUACAUCCAUCAAAGUAAUCUAAAUAAGAUUUAACUGGCAAAGUUUGGAAUCUCCCGAAACAAACAAACCAGCAGCUCGUAAACAACGUGAAAAUGUGAGCUACAAGCAUUGGGUUGUUUUUUUAAUACCCGGCAAAGCUAUUUCCAAGUAGGAAAACACAAAGUAGUAGCCAUCGGAAGGAUCGUGUUGCUAGAUAUAGUGGCAAGGCUGCGGUGACUUGUCAGUGUUUUGGUUGUGUUGCGGACACCCCUCCCCCAACUUCAGAAAAACCUUACUGUGACUGUGCGCUACCGCUUCCUCCGGUCAGUUGGGUGCAGCCCUUGUCCCCCUGCGUUUUGGGACAUAGGCGGUCGUGAGUGUCCAGAGGGAAUACCACUAGCGGAUGUGAUGGAACUAAUGUUCGCCGAGUGGGAAGACGGAGAAAGGUUCUCGUUCGAAGACUCGGACCGGUUCGAGGAAGACUCGCUGUGCUCGUUCAUAUCAGAAGCGGAGAGUCUCUGUCAAAACUGGAGGGGAUGGAGAAAGCAGUCUGCGGGGCCCAAUUCGCCAACAGUCAAAAUAAAAGAUGGCCAGGUGAUCCCGCUGGUGGAGCUGUCCGCCAAGCAGGUGGCGUUCCACAUCCCGUUCGAGGUGGUGGAGAAGGUGUACCCCCCUGUCCCGGAGCAGCUGCAGCUCCGCAUCGCCUACUGGAGCUUCCCCGAAAACGAGGAGGACAUCCGGCUGUACUCCUGUCUGGCCAAUGGGAGCCCUGACGAGUUCCAGCGCGGAGAGCAGCUGUACAGGAUGCGUGCCGUAAAAGACCCGCUGCAGAUCGGAUUCCACCUCAGCGCCACCGUGGUGUCCCCCCAGGCCGGGCAGUCCAAGGGCGCGUACAACGUGGCCGUCAUGUUCGACCGCUGCCGCAUCACUUCCUGCAGCUGCACCUGCGGGGCGGGGGCCAAGUGGUGUGCCCACGUGGUGGCGCUCUGCCUCUUCCGAAUCCACAACGCUUCAGCGGUGUGCCUCCGCGCUCCUGUGUCCGAGUCCCUGUCCCGGCUGCAGAGGGACCAGCUGCAGAAGUUUGCUCAGUACCUCAUCAGCGAGCUUCCUCAACAGAUCCUGCCCACCGCCCAGCGCCUCCUGGAUGAACUGCUGUCCUCCCAGUCCACUGCCAUCAACACCGUGUGUGGGGCUCCAGACCCCACCGCAGGCCCCUCGGCCUCCGACCAGAGCACCUGGUACCUGGACGAGUCCACGCUCAGCGACAACAUCAAGAAGACCCUGCACAAGUUCUGCGGCCCCUCGCCGGUGGUCUUCAGCGAUGUGAACUCCAUGUACCUGUCGUCCACGGAGCCGCCGGCCGCGGCAGAGUGGGCGUGUCUCCUGAGGCCGCUGAGGGGCCGGGAGCCGGAGGGCAUCUGGAACCUUCUCUCCAUCGUCAGGGAGAUGUUCAAGAGGAGGGACAGCAACGCAGCGCCCCUGCUGGAGAUACUGACCGAGCAGUGCCUCACCUAUGAACAGAUAAUCGGCUGGUGGUACAGCGUCCGCACCUCCGCCUCCCACAGCAGCGCCAGCGGUCACACGGGCCGCAGCAACGGCCAAUCGGAGGUGGCGGCCCACGCCUGCGCCAGCAUGUGCGACGAGAUGGUGGUCCUGUGGCGGCUGGCGGUGCUCGACCCCACCAUGAGCCCUCAGAGGCGCUGGGAGCUGUCUGCGCAGCUGAAGCAGUGGCACCUGAAGGUGAUCGAGAUCGUGAAGCGGGGGCAGCACCGCAAGUCGCUGGACAAGCUGUUCCAGGGCUUCAAGCCGGCCGUGGAGUCCUGCUACUUCAACUGGGAGCUGGCCUACCCGCUGCCCGGCAUCACCUACUGCAGCGCCGACAAGAAGAGCGCCUCCUUCUGCUGGGCGCGGGCGGUGCAGCAGCAGCGGGGGGCCAAGGCGGGGCAGGGGGGGGACCCCCCGGAGCCGGGGGGAGGAGGAGGAGGAGGGCUGGGCCGCCUCGGGACGUCGGAGGGGGGCGGCCCCGAACACAAGAGCCGCGGCGGGCACCCGGCCCAGCAGGAGGUGGCGGUGCGGCCCAAGGAGACGCUGGUCAGCAAGAGGAAGGGGCUGGCGGCGGGGGGCGGCGGCGUGCUGGUGCGCCUGGGCGGGGGCGUGUCCCUGGCGCUGGACGACGGGGGGAAGGGGAUGUACAAGGCCGGGGGCGGGGCCGGGGGCGGCGGCGGCUCCUCCUCCUCGGCGGGCGGGAAGGCCAAGCUGUCGCAGGGCGGGAAGGCGUGCGGGGGGUCGUCGGGCGCGGGAGGGAAGCACGGCGGCGGCGGCGGCGGCGGCAAGCGCAGGACGAGCAGCGAGGACAGCUCGCUGGAGCCCGACCUGGCCGAGCUCAGCCUGGACGACGGCUCCAGCCUGGCGCUCGGCGCCGAGGCCAGCAACACCUUCGACUUCCUGCCGCCGCCGCCCGAGAUGCUGCCCGCCCCCGGGCCGCUGCUGCGCGAGCCGCGCAAGUACGGCGCCGCCGCCGUCGCCAAGGAGACCGCCGCCUUCGACGGGAAGCGGGCGGACCACGCCCCUAUGACGCCCGAGGCCGCCGCCGCCACCUGUUUCCCCAAAGAGAACGCUGUGGUGGUGGGGGCGGGGCCAGGGGCGGGGCCUGGGACGGCGAUGGCGGCGGACUCUGCGCCCGCGGCGGAUAAGGAGGUGGAGGUGGAGGCGGAGAUGGAGGAGGACGGCAGCGAGGAUCCCCUGGUGGACGGCCAGCCCUCCGUCGCUGCCGCUGCCGCCGCCGCCAAGCCGCCCGACGGAGCCGAGGGGGGAGGGGGCGGGGCCACGGCAGCCCCCGCCCCCCAGGCUGCGGAAGCCCCGCCUGACCCCGCCGGCGAGGACGACUACCAGGCCUAUUACCUGAGUGCCGCCUCGGAGGAGGGGGUGGAGCGGGGCGUCCCCGACGGCAACCACGAGGAGGAGCCCGACAUCUUCGCCGGGAUCAAGCCCUUGGAGCAGGAGGGGCGCAUGGAGGUGCUGUUUGCGUGCGCGGAGGCCCUGCACGCUCAUGGCUACAGCAACGAGGCCUGCCGAUUGGCUGUGGAGCUGGCGGGGGACCUGCUGUCCAAUCCCCCCGACCUGAAGGUGGAGCAGCCACAGACCAAGGGGAAGAAGAGCAAGGUGUCGACCAGCCGGCAGACGCAGGUGGCCACCAACACCCUGUCGAAGGCGGCGUUCCUGCUGACGGUGCUGAGCGAGAGGCUGGAGUACCACACCCUGGCCUUCAGCACCGGCAUGUUCUCCCUGGAGCUGCAGAGGCCUCCCGCCUCCACCAAGGCCUUGGAGGUGAAGCUGGCCUAUCAGGAGUCGGAGGUGGUGGCGCUGCUGAAGAAGAUCCCGCUGGGCGUGGUGGAGAUGGGCUCCAUCAGGGACCGGGCGGAGCAGCUCCGCGACGGGAACUUCUGCGACUACCGGCCCGUGCUCCCGCUCAUGCUGGCCAGCUUCAUAUUCGACGUGCUGUGUACCCCCGUGGUCUCUCCCACGGGCUCCCGCCCCCCCAGCCGUAACCGUAACAACGAAAUGCCAGGCGACGAGGAGCUGGGCUUUGAGGCUGCGGUGGCAGCACUGGGGAUGAAGACGACGGUGAGCGAGGCGGAGCACCCCCUGCUGUGUGAGGGGACCCGGCGGGAGAAGGGCGAUCUGGCGCUGGCCCUCAUGAUCACCUACAAGGACGACCAGAGCAAGCUCAAAAAGAUCCUGGACAAGCUGCUGGACCGCGAGAGCCAGACCCACAAGCCCCAGACGCUCAGCUCCUUCUACUCCAGCAAGCCGGCGGCCAGCAGCCAGAAGAGCCCGUCCAAGCACACCGCGCACGGAGGCGGCGGCGGCGCGGGGGGCGUGUCCAAACACGGCGCCCCAGCCGCGGCGGCGGCGGCGGCAGCGGCGGGCUCCGCCUCCGUGCAGGGCGUGGCCAGCGGGGGCGCGGCCGGGCAGCAGGCGGGGCUUCCCGGUGGCGUGCAGAACGCGGCGGCGGGGGAGGGCUUCAGCGAGAACAGGGAGCAAGACGGGGGCCAGCCGUCCUCCUGCGAGCAGCAGAACGACGCCGCCCCCUUCAAGCCCGAGGGCACGGUGCCCAGCCGCCUGGCGCUGGGGGGGCGGGGGGCGUACAGCGGCCGCUGCUGGGGCUCCCCCGUGCGCCAGAAGAAGAAGCACACGGGCAUGGCGAGCAUCGACAGCAGCGCCCCGGAGACCACCUCCGACAGCUCCCCCACGCUGAGCCGACGCCCGCUCCGCGGCGGCUGGGCGGCCGCCUCCUGGGGGCGGGGCCAGGACAGCGACAGCAUCAGCAGCUCGUCCUCCGAUUCGCUGGGCUCCUCGUCGUCCAGCGGCUCGCGCAGGGCCGGGGGCGGAGCCAGGGCCAAGAGCGCCGACACCAGCAGGUAUAAAGGGCGUCGGCCCGAGUGCCACGCCCCGCACGUCCCCAACCAGCCGUCGGAGGCGGCGGCGCACUUCUACUUCGAGCUGGCCAAGACGGUGCUGAUCAAGGCGGGGGGGAACAGCUCCACCUCCAUCUUCACCCAGCCCUCGGCCAGCGGGGGCCACCAGGGCCCCCACCGAAACCUGCACCUCUGUGCCUUCGAGAUCGGCCUCUACGCCCUGGGCCUGCACAACUUCGUCUCCCCAAACUGGCUGUCCCGCACCUACUCCUCGCACGUGUCCUGGAUCACCGGUCAGGCCAUGGAGAUCGGCAGCGCCGCCCUCAACAUCCUGGUGGAGUGCUGGGACGGGCACCUGACCCCGCCCGAGGUGGCGUCCCUGGCCGACCGCGCCUCGCGGGCGCGGGACCCCAACAUGGUGCGCGCCGCCGCCGAGCUGGCGCUCAGCUGCCUGCCCCACGCCCACGCCCUCAACCCCAACGAGAUCCAGAGGGCCCUGGUGCAGUGCAAAGAGCAGGAUAACGUGAUGCUGGAGAAGGCCUGCAUGGCUGUGGAGGAGGCGGCGAAGGGCGGGGGCGUGUACCCCGAGGUGCUGUUCGAGGUGGCGCACCAGUGGUACUGGCUGUACGAGCAGACCGUGGGGGGCGGAGGCGGGGCCCAGCGCGAGGGCCCGGGCCGGUGCGGGGCCAACGGAGGGGCGGGGCGCAGGGCCGCCGAUGCGGGGCGGGGUGCGCUGGACGGCGGGGGGCCCAUGGACCCGGGAGGGGUGGCGGUGACGGCCACGGUCACGGCCGCCGCCGUGGUGCCCGUCAUCUCCGUGGGCUCCACCAUCUACCAGUCGCACGCCAUCCCGGGCUCGGCCAUCGCCCACGCCCACACCCAGGGCCUGCACCCCUACACCACCAUCCAGGCCCACCUCCCCACCGUCUGCACCCCGCAGUACCUGGGACACCCACUGCAGCACGUCCCGCGGCCCGCUGUCUUUCCUGUGUCCGGAGCGGCCUACCCACAGGGAAUGCACCCCGCCUUCAUCGGUGCCCAGUACCCCUUCUCCGUGGCGACCGGCCCCCACCCGCCCAUGGCAGCGACUGCAGUCACAUUCCCGGGCGUCCCAGUUCCGUCCAUGACCCAAAUCGCCGUCCACCCCUACCACACGGAGACGGGGCUGCCCCUCAGCACCACCGUGGCAGGUGGCUCCACCAUCCAGGCCAUCCAGGGGGCCUCCCUUCCAGGCCUGUCUUCCCAGCCCGCCUCAUUGGUCAGCACGCCCUUCCCCUCUGAAGACGAGCAGCACAGCCAGCCAAUCAGCCAGCAGGGCCUGCACUACCUGCACUCCGCCUACAGAGUUGGCAUGCUCGCCCUGGAGAUGCUGGGCAGGAGGGCGCACAACGACCACCCCAACAACUUCUCCCGCAGCCCGCCCUACACGGAGGACGUCAAGUGGCUCCUGGGCCUGGCGGCGCGCCUCGGCGUGAACUUCGUCUACCAGUUCUGCGUGGGCGCGGCCAAGGGCGUGCUCAGCCCCUUCGUCCUGCAGGAGAUCAUCAUGGAGGCCCUGCAGCGGCUAAACCCCGCCCACAUCCACGCCCACCUCAGAACGCCGGCGUUCCAUCAGCUGGUGCAGCGCUGCCACCAGGCCUACCUGCAGUACAUCCACCACCGGCUGAUCCACCUGACCCCCGCCGACUACGACGACUUCGUCAACAUCAUCCGCAGCGCCCGCAGCGCCUUCUGCCUCACCCCCGUGGGCAUGAUGCAGUUCAACGACGUGCUGCAGAACCUGAAGAGGGGCAAGCAGACCAAGGAGCUGUGGCAGAGGAUCUCCCUGGAGAUGGCCACCUUCUCCCCCUGAUGAGCGUCGUGGGAGAAUGUCGCCGGGGGGGGGGGGGGGGGGGCGGUGACCCCUCCUUCCCCUUUCAGACGGAACGCACGCGCCUAGAACGCUGGCUUCCUCCCCCCAGUUCCUCCUCUUCCUCCUCCUCCACCACCACCACAAUUUCCCUUCCCCUUCUCAUACCUACCUACACACACACACACACACACACACAGAACA